AUGGGAGAAAACCUAUCAAUCAUAACUUUUUUUUUUAUUACUUUUCAGCCCAUCAUCCUUGAUGGAGCUGGUCACCUCAAGGGUCGCCUGGCAGCCUUUGUUGCCAAGCAGCUGCUGCUGGGGCAACGCAUCAUUGUUGUGAGGUGUGAGCAAAUCAUCUGCUCUGGUCCUUACUACCGCAAUCAACACAUCUUCUUGUCCUACCUAAAAAAGAGGUGCAAUGUCAACCCCAAGCGUGGACCCUUCCACUUCAGGUCUCCAGCCAAGAUGUUCUACAAGUGUGUCAGAGGAAUGGUUCCGUGGAAGACACAGCGGGGACGCAAGGCAAUGUGCAUGCUCAAAACCUACGAAGGAGUUCCUUCAUCCCUUGCUUCCCACCGCAAGCUGGUUGUGCCUGAAGUCAUGAGGGUUGUGCGCUCAAACCCUGCUGCCAAGUUCUGCCAUUUGGGCAAGGUUGCCCACGAAGUUGGCUGGAAGUACAGAACUGUUAUUCGUCGUCUGGAGCGUCGCCGUCUCAUCAAGAAGAAGAUGGCAGUUAUUCACAAGAAGCAUGUCUCUGCCUUCAAAGCCAAGGCUGUCCAUGCGGCCAGGAAGGAGCUCCGGCCUUUCCAAGCUAUCAAAGCCAACUACGGUUACUAAUAUAAAAGUAUUCCGGAGA